AUGCCCUCUUGGGCAUCGUUGAUAUGUUUAUUUAUUUCCGUUCAUUUGGCGUUGUCGACCUCAGUUGACCGACUGCGGCCUUUAUCACACUUGUCUUCAGUAAGCAGAAUAUCAAUUGAGACUGAUAAUCAUAGAGUCGCUGCUGAUGAUCCGUUCACUCUGACGGUCGAGAUUCCAUCUCUUAACCACUUGCACAAUUUGAGACGGCGAUGGUGGGCCAUUACAGAUCCAAAUGAACAAGCUUUUGGAUUCGAGUCGGAAGGUUUAUACAGUUAUCUGACUAGAAAUGAGUCUCUAGUCAGCGGGGCUCCCGAAGUGCCCGAGGAUGUGUUACAAUUUAAACUGGUUCUCGAACCGAAUACUGCUGUUACUAGUCAUCAAGUAGUAACUACGGACGAACAAGGGAAAAUAGUCCCCCAUCCGGACUUUGUAGAAGAUAGUUCGUCUACCAAAGCCAGGGCUUUUAAAGGCACAGCAUAUCGAAGAGUAGCAUUUAUCUCACCCACUACGGGAAAUCUCAUUCAUCAGUAUAGGCCAGUUGGCUGGGCUAGAAUUGUGGUUCAUGAGGACGGCAUUGAUCCAAUUGUUGAAGGGGCUUGGAAAGUCGACGAUGAAGAAGGUUUGGGUGUACCGAGUUCUAUUUAUCAUUUAAACAGACUCGAGGCUAUGGAGCAGACACUGGGAAACCGGUAUGAUGAGGAGUACGAUCUUCUGGAUACAGUAGAUAGCCGUCUGGUUGUGUGGAGAGAUUUUGAUAUGCGACUUAGUAGAACCUUCACAUUGUCCGAUAAAGACUUCACUCGUUUAACCAACCAUCAGAAGCGUGAUGUUGAUUCUUUUCAAACCAAAGGAUUUCUCGGAGACAGAGUGUUGAGCAAUAUAUUUCCUAGAGCAUCGAACGAUUCGGAUACAAAUAACGACACAGGUGGUAAUUCAGGAUUCUCUAGUGGUGCCAAUUUGCAGAAUAGCAUUGGCGACACAGCAGGAUGUCCGUCUCCAAGAGAAGUGGCUCUAAUGGGAAUUGCUGCUGACUGCAAUUUCCUGGCCGGCUUUAACAGCAGUUCAGAAGCAAACUCGCAUAUUAUCAAUAUUGUCAAUACUGCAUCGCACGCUUUUGAAAGUGCAUUCAAUAUUACACUUGGGUUGAGUCAGGUGUAUAUGGUAAAUAUUUCUCAAGGAUGUCCUGAUAAUCCAGGAGGAACUAAAGAUGCCUGGAACUUCAACUGUUCAUCUUCACAGAAUAACAACAUCGGCAACAGACUGUCACUAUUUUCAGAAUGGCGUGGACAGAGGUCGGAUGACCAGCUUGCCACUUGGAGUUUGUUGACUUCUUGCUCUCAGGGGUCUAUUGUUGGCAUUUCCUGGCUCGGUAUGGCAUGUGUCAGCACCGCUUCUGAGUCCGGUAACAAUACAUUCACAGCUGGAACUAACGUAAUUUCCCGUACGUCACUGGAUUGGAGAGUACUUGCACAUGAAUUGGGCCAUUCAUAUGGUGCAGUACAUGACUGUGAUAGCGACACUUGUGCACAGAAUCUGGAAGCGACUUCUCAAUGCUGUCCAUUAUCAGCCUCUUCAUGUGAUGCUGGUGCUCAGUUCUUGAUGAACCCGGUAUCUUCAGAGUCUCAGGAUUCAUUUAGCAAGUGUACACAGGGCAACGUAUGUGGAGCCCUUGGUCGAAACUCGGUAAACUCGACAUGUUUGACGUCCAACACUGGUGUCAAGCUCGUUACUAGCAACGAAUGUGGCAACGGAAUUGUUGAAGAAGGUGAGGAGUGCGAUUGUGGUGGUCCUGAAGGAUGUGGUAACAAUACAUGUUGCGACCCACUGACCUGUAAGUUCACAGCUGGCUCUCAAUGUGACCCUGCUAAUGAAUCGUGCUGUCAGGACUGUAAAUUUGCUAGUUCAACAACCUUGUGCCGAGCUUCACAGGGGUCUUGUGAUCCAGCUGAGUUCUGUACCGGCAAUUCGUCAACAUGUCCUCCAAACGUCCGUGCUCCUAAUGGUCAAUCGUGUGACGCUCCAGGAUUGACUGGCCAAACGUGUAUUUCUGGCCACUGUACCUCACGAGACCAGCAGUGUGUGACAUUGUUAGGCAACAGUUCAGUGACUUCUGAUGGCAGUGUGCUCAAUGUGACGAAAGCAUGUGCCGACGACAGCUCGUGUCAAUUGUCAUGUGUAGAUCCACGAUUUGGCAAUACUUGUUUCACUACCAGUCAAAAUUUCCUAGAUGGCACACCAUGCCAAGGAACUGGUCAAUGUCAACGAGGAAACUGUGUAGGUGGUAGUGGUCAUUCAGGCCCCACCUUCAUCACACCAUUCGGAGAAGGAUGGCUACAACGACACCAGGCCGUCAUUAUUGGAAUUGCCGCUGGUCUUGGAGGUUUGUUUUUGGCGUCAAUUCUAUUCGCAGGGAUCCGACGACAUUUCAUGCACCGAAGAAGAAUUCAAAACCUCAUCAACUCACAAAAACAACCACCACCCUAUCCACCCAUGCAACCCCCUCCGGCCUACCAAAUGACGCCAAUAUACCGUCCUCCACCACCUCCACCUCCACCACUACCAAACUCGCGUGGCUUCAUCUCGGCCGACGGCACCUACAUGCCACGACCCCCACCGACGAUACCCACGAACCACUAUUGA